AUGGGUACUUGUAUGAGCAGACCUGUCAUUGAAGACGUAAAUAUCGAAUCAGAUGCGGGAGACCAAUACACAUUGAAUACGGUAAUUAUACACCGCAGUCCAUCACAACCCAUUGAGGUUCCCAGUGCCAAGAUUCAACCAACGAAAAUUAAUCGUUUACCAUUUCCAGAUACCGUUAAAUUAGCUAUGUCCGUUAAAGAUUCUAGCUUGGCAGAUUUGAGUUAUUCGCCUAAUUUACAGGCUGAACAGAUAAACAAUGAAAACGAUAUGCCUCAGGAAACCACGAGUCUUGCAAGAAAACUGAAAGAAUUGACACUAAGAAAUAAGGCAAAAAGAAAAGUAAGGAACUCUGAUCUUUUUGGGCUUAAGGUUAUUCCCAAUCUUAAUACAACAGUAACGACUCAGCCACUUCAAGAGCUGUCGAACAGUUAUGGUAAUGAAAGUCCAAGUAGAGGUACAAGGAGAAAUUCAAUCGAAGAGCACGUAAUUCCUUCAAAGGAAACAACAGUACAUAUUCCAGAAAGACUCACGGAUACCGUAAGAGAGUCCAAUCAGGGGACAAAACUUCCCAUACUUCAACCUCAGAAUAGUCUAACCAGUUUAUUUCAUCCUAGAGAGGAACUAGAAAGACCCGGCAUUAAAGUUUACAACAGGUCAGUAGAGUCAUUCUGCGACUACCCGAAACUUACAGACAAAAGAAAUAUGUCCCACCUAAAAAGAUGCAAGACCGAAGGAAGUCUAGCAACAUCGAACAGUAUUCCUCUGGUAAUUUCUAAAAUAGUUUCAAUUGGUUCUCAAUUAUUCUAUGAUAGAGGAUCUUCUAAAAAAGACGAUUUAUCUGAAACAACAAUCUCUGAAUGUUCGCCCAGUCCAAUUGGUGACACCCAAUUGAAAGACGAAGUGCCUAGGAUUGCCCCAAUUAGUCCCUAUGAUGAAUUCUUGAAUAACCCUACUGAAUUUACAUGUCGUGAUUGUAAUUCAUCAGUUUAA